GAGCGAUGUUGUCAUGCGUGCUAACGAGCGUUGCUAGUCACUUUGCCAUGGCGGCGCUGGUGUCGCUGAUUAAGGAGGGGACUUCGCAGCAUCUUGUUUGAAUUCCCUUUGGUGACGGAUACCGCGUGUGUUUACUUCUCCAAGAUUUGAUUUUAACAACAUUUAUCUCCAAAGCGGCCAUGACCGUGGAGCAGAAUGUCCUCCAGCAGCAUUCUCAGAAGCACCAGCAGACGCUACUAAACCAGCUGAGAGAGGUGACGGGCACCACAGACAUUCAGCUGCUUCAGCAGGCCCUGCAGGUGAGCAAUGGAGAUUUGGCUGAAGCCGUAGCUUUUUUAACAGAGAAGAACGCUAAGGUUCCCCAGCAAGAUGAAACUACCUACUACCAGACAUCCCAGGUGGCCAGUGACAGAUAUAUCAGUGUUGGCAGCCAGGCAGACACAAAUGUUAUUGACCUGACAGGGGAUGAUAAAGAUGACCUGCAAAGGGCGAUCGCCCUCAGCCUGGAGGAGUCCAACCGGGCGUUCAGGGAGACGGGGAUCACUGAUGAGGAGCAGGCCAUCAGCAGAGUUUUGGAGGCCAGUAUAGCAGAGAACAAGGCGAGCCUAAAGCGUACUCACACAGAAGUAUGGAGCGAUUCACCGAACCCUCAUGACAGAAAGAGGAAAGACAACUGCCCAGUGGGUCUAAAAAAUGUUGGCAAUACCUGCUGGUUCAGUGCUGUCAUACAGUCACUGUUCAACUUGCUGGAGUUCCAGAGGCUAGUUCUUAACUACUCGCCACCCGCCAGAGUCCUGGAUCUGCCUCGUAACCAGAAGGAGCACAGAAAUCUGCCCUUCAUGCAAGAACUGAGGAACCUGUUCUCCCUCAUGGUGGGGUCCAAGAGGAAAUACGUGGAUCCGUCACGGGCUGUGGAGAUCCUCAAAGACGCCUUCAAAUCCAGUGAGUCACAGCAGCAGGAUGUGAGCGAGUUUACCCACAAGCUGUUGGACUGGCUGGAGGACGCCUUCCAGAUGAAGGCUGAAGAAGACAGUGUGGGAGAGAAGCCAAAGAAUCCAAUGGUGGAGCUUUUCUAUGGCCGCUUCCUUGCUGUUGGUGUGUUAGAAGGUAAAAAAUUUGAAAACACAGAGAUGUUUGGUCAGUACCCCCUGCAGGUGAACGGCUUCAAGGACCUCCAUGAAUGUCUGGAAGCAGCGAUGGUGGAGGGGGAGAUCGAGUCACUUCACUCGGCUGAAAACUCAGCCAGAUCUGGUCAAGAGGUAAGCGAUGAAAUGAGGUGUGAAUACUUCUUCCUGCUGAUCUGAACACUGAAUUUGACU